AUGGAUGAGACAGGCACGAGAGAGACACUGCCUCCUGCUCGCGGUGAACACGACACAGACUCUCCUGGACGACUGGAUGGAGAAGCGAACCGUCCUGAGGGCGCUUCCAACUCGAUCUCAACCGCGACAGCCGAUCGCGACAAACCUGAGCAACAUGAUACAGACUCUCCUGGACGGUCGAAUAGAGAAGCGAGUGGGAGCAACGGUCCUGGGGGCGCUCCCAACCUGAAUCCAUCCGCGACAGCCGAUCGCGACGAACCUGAGCAACACGCUGACGAGGCUCGCAAGGAUGCUAACGAGGGAGACGGAGAUGCGCAAGGGUCCCAGACGUCACCUCUCCCAUCUCCGACUUUCGACAUCGCGACUUUCGUCCCCGGCUUGUAUCGCGUGCUUGACUUGAUCUUCGAGAGGGGUAGUGGCGGUCUAGUCGACAAGAUCAUCAUCGAGCAGGAGUCUCUCGGUCGUCUCAUCAAUUUCCUGCGGCCCAACGCCUACGCCUCGAUCACAAAGGUCGACUUCUCUGCGCUUGACCAGAUCCAGGUGAAGCCUGUGGGAUUGUACGGAAGCAAGUCAGCCAUCGUCGACUUCCUCCGUCACAAGGGCAUUGUCGACGAAGAGAUAGCUUCGGCCAUGCUCCAGCCCACAGAUUCCUCUGUCGACCCGACCCGACCCGAGCUCCGGUCAGGAAUGUACAUUCACCUCCGAGAAGGUGAAGAGGUGAUGCACGUCAUCUACUGGCCUGAGGACACCACGUGGGACGACGACUGCCUGCCAUCCGUGAGCAGGAAUAGGAUCACGUUCAUGAGAUAUCUCAACAAGAUCUGCGACCAGGUGAUCUGUUUCAUGUCGGACGAGCACGCGAAUGCCAUCAUCUGGCGAGGCGACGACCCCGACAGCGACCAAGAAAGCUUGGAUGAUGAGGACGCCGACCGGCUGUUCACGUUCGAGGUCUCCAAGACCAACGAGCAGGAAGAAGGCGUCACAGUCAGGCCAGGCUUCGAGGUGAGCGGAAUGGGUUCACAUCAAAAGAGAAUUCAAGCCGAUUCCUGUCAGCUCCCCACCCCGAUUCUCUCCGCAAGCAACUCGGAGAAUGCGUCUACUUUAUCUGACGUUCUACGCCCGCGUCUCAUGAGGGGCGAGAUGGCGCAGGGAAUCCUGACAGCGCAGUAUGUUGCAGAGCAACAGAGAGUCAAUCACCUCAGAGAGUCCGUAUCGGAGCAACGCUUGAAGGAUCUGUUGCAGAAGAAAGUGAUUCGAUUGCGCGAGACGCUCUCCUGUCAGGCCCUGGAGAUACUCUUCAAAGCGAAGUAUAGCUUUGACCCGACUCUACAUGACGCCAUCACGCGGUACCGGAGCUCAGUCGCAGAUGUCAAGCGGUCUAUGGCAGAGACACGGAAGAAGGAGCUGGACGCGAUGUUGAAGCGCAUCGACGAAGACAGCGGUCAACUUGCCGCCAGCAUCAAGGAGUCGCUAUCGUCUCAGGUUUUGCAGAAAUUUCCGUACGUAUCGCCUUCCAUUAUAAAUGUGCCCCUUCCUCUGGAUAAUGGUAUGGAUGCCUUUUUAUUGACGCACCUGUGUGUGGCUGAGCCAUACUUAGAAGACAUCCGUGGCCUACGCACCGUGUACGAGGGCGUCGGGCGGUUGAUAGACGAGGUUCUUGCUAUUCAGAAACUCAACGGCGUGACCACGGACAGGUACAAGACUAUCAAGGAGCGCAUCCUCGUACUCGAUUACUUGCUGACCGCUGAUACCGGCAUGAGCGAGAAGGAGCGUGCUGACCUCGUCGUGUCCACACUUCGGGACGGAUAUCCCAAGCCCUGGCAAUCUCGUGCGGGUUGGUCGAGGAAGGUCGUCGGAUUCAUGUUUGGUGGUACAGACUCCUCCACACCACGUACCAUCGAUGUACCCGAAGAUGUCCUCGAUGUCGAUGAUCAGGCCUUCUUCUCACGUCUGCCAUCCAUCGUUGAUCGUUCUCCCCUUCUAGCCGAGCCUGCGGCAAGUGCCACUGAGCUUGCAGCGCAGCAUUUCUCGACCACGAUCAAAAAGGAAGCGCAGGAUCUCUCUAGGCGGAUACGGACUAUCCAACGCGACACGUGCAAAGCUCAAAUCACGCGACAGUCUCAGAUUGACGAGGAGAACCAAUUGGAAGCUUUGCGAGUGGAUAUCUUGGCCACGUUGAGGUCGAGUCCAGAGAGUGUUCAUGCCAAGGAUGUCAUGACAAUCAACGAUAUUGAAGAGGAAGCACAACCAUGUCAGUAUCCCACGUUCUAUAGGGUCGACACAACGAGGGAGACGUACACUGAACCUCAAGUCCGAUAUACGCUACAUCCUCUUGAACUCCGAGAAGACGACACUCACCGUAUGCGAGAGAACGCAAGUCACGUUCCUUCUCCUCAUGUGCGCGCAUCCUCCACAACCUCCUUCAUUUUACCCGUGGAUACAUCCAUCAUUUACGCCCAUUUGCUCCCGCAAGCCCGCUGUCUCUUGAUCACUCGGGACCGCACAGGCGAAGGCAAGGUCUAUUUGUCUAGUACCAUGAACCUCCAGGCGGCGCUCGACAAGCGACCAUCUAAGGAAUUGAAGCGCGACAAGAUCGGCGAGAAUUUCUUGCUUGCUUACGAUGAGAACAAGCGCAUCUUGGCCGUGUGCGGUCUGUCGAACAUGGGUGUAAAUUCUCGCUUGCAGUUGCAUACUUUCGCUUUUGACGAGACAUACACAACGCUUCAAGGCAUGGGAACGCCAGUCAACCUCAGCUCUUGGUAUGAUUCCGACACCGUGGUCAUCAAGCACGUGGAAUUUGUCAGCGGUAGCGAAGAGCUUCUCUUCGUCGAUGACCAAUGUCGUGCACGUAUCUUCUCGCUUGUGACACAGCAAUUUCGCCCCGCUACGCUACAGCUAUUGAACCGGCCCUCAUCAAUUCAUUCAACGCCAGAUGGGUCAUGUUUCUUUGCCAUCGAUGAGCCUACCGAGGACGCCGACACUGUUGCUGUGCGAGCCUUCCACUGGACUAGCUUCGACUCGCCGGAAGGCAUCAAGGUGACCAUACCCAAGAGGUUUCUAGAGGGCUGUGUCGUGACGUCCCUGCUUUCACGCGAGAACGUCUAUCUUUUGGGCAUUGACCACGCCAAUUCUAUGCUAGGAUCUGCCGCCUUCACCAUCACUCGGAGAAUGACGGCUUUUACGUUCAAGGAGAAGGGUGGGACAGCGUCUGGGCGGAAGGAACAGACAACAGUUCACAACUCUCUCAUCGAUUGCCACGCAGCUGUCUGGACGCGAUUCCCCGUCGUUCCUGCGGUCCGUCGGGACACCGUCGUGUCGACGCUGCGCGAGCGCCGCUCGCUCGUCUUUGUCUCGAAAGAGAAUCCUUCAUCUAUCGAGCCUCACUUCUCAACACUCAUCGAGGAGUUCGAGCGCAUGACGCACAAACCCACUGGCGGCGAACUCAAGAACAUACAAAUUCUCGCUCUUUCUCAUGACACUUUCUUCUUGGACAGCUCUCUCGUCCAUGCAUCUACUUUCCGGGCAGGCGAAUGGCUUGUUGAACUCUUGUGCCUGAUACCCAUCCAUAUCGCCAUCACUAGAGACAAUCGUUUUGUGCCGCUGAAGGAUGGAGUCUGGUCUCCUGAUGUCGAACGCUCUCUGCUAGGGGCUGACGUUGCCAAGAUUGUCGACAGCAUUUCCUUUGGCUGGUAUGAGUCGCUCUUCCAGUCGUACAUGGCGAAGAAACCCGUCAAAGUUGUCUCUUCCAUGGGUGAACAGUCCGUAGGCAAGAGUUUCGCACUCAACCACCUUGUGGAUACCUCCUUUGCUGGCUCCGCGAUGCGGACAACGGAGGGCGUGUGGAUGUCUGUCACGCCCACCGACGAGGCCCUCAUUGUUGCUCUUGACUUCGAAGGUGUUCACAGCAUAGAGCGUUCCGCACAAGAAGAUACCCUACUGGUUUUGUUCAACACCGCAAUCUCGAAUUUGGUCCUUUUCCGUAACAAUUUCGCAAUGUCUCGUGACAUCGCCGGGUUAUUUCAGUCUUUCCAGUCUUCCGCUACAGUUCUCGAUCCUGAUGCAAAUCCAAUGCUCUUCCAAUCAACUCUGGUCAUCAUCAUCAAGGACGUUGCUCCUCACGAUACCAAUGAUAUCAAGAAGGAAUUCCACAUGAAGUUCCAGCAGAUCGUUCAAGCUGAACAGGCGAAGAACUUCAUCUCGAGGUUGCACCGAAAUAAGUUGGAUAUCGUGCCUUGGCCCUUGAUGGGGCAAAAACAGUUCUAUACCCUCUUCAGGGUUAUUAAGAAGCGGCUGGACCAGCAAGCCAUUACUCACCAUGGGGGCGCAGUAUUCUUGCAGACGAUGAAGACACUCAUGGCGAAGUUGAAGGCCAAUGACUGGGGUGCAAUGUCUCAAAACCUGGCAGCUCAUCGUGUACAUGUGCUCGUGUCCCUUCUACCCAAUGCGCUUGCCUUUGGCGCCACUGAGGUGGUGCCUGACUUUGAACCCCUGCUAGACUUUGAUACCGCCUCUGUCAUUGAUAUGCAAGACACUACGUCGCGUUUCUAUUUGGGCGAAGGAGGUCCGCAGGGCCAGCCCGAGAGCUGCGAUGAGGUUCUUCGUGGCAUAUGCGAAUCAUUUGACGAAGAUGGUACUCGCUUCUCCCAGCCGGAGGCAGAUUGGAAACAGUCCCUUCAGACAUUCCUGGACCAUCUAGUGGACAUCCGGGUCGAGCACGUGCGAGGCUGGCUGAACGCUAACACGUCCAAAUUCGGUUCCACCCACUCUGAAGUGCAACAACUGUUCCGGACAUUCGACACAGCUGUCAUCGACCUCAAGAGUAGUGUUCGAAUGUGCAGUAUCCAAUGCGGCUCCUGCAAUCUCAGUUGUAUCCUCGGACGGCACCAUGAGGGACAGCACAGUUGUCGAACCGACCACCGUUGCGUACAUGUGUGUGAGUUCAAAGGAGCUGAUCAUGGGGAAACAGAGCCAUGUGGGCUUCCAGCUGGUCAUCCGGGAUCCCAUCUCUGCGACGUAACCGCCCAUUUGUGUGGACAACCUUGCAAGCUCAGUAGCAAGAAAGGCUGUCAGAAGGAGUGUAUUAAGAUGGCCGAUCACACAGACGGAGAGCACAUGUGUUCUGCAACCUCGCAUGAAUGUGGGAUGCCGUGCAGUCUCGCUACUAUCCGCCUCCACAACGGGUGGGUUUAUAACUGUGAAGGACGGUGCCGUAUCCCAAGCGAUCUUCCUCACAACGAGCAUCGUUGUGAGAACACGCAAUGCACCAUUGAUUGCCAGUUGUGCAAGCGGCUCUGCUCUGAGCAUGAUCACCUGCAUGGUCUUGACUCUGAUGCCGUCCACCUUUGCGGGCAAGAGCAUCCAUGUGCUGCAUUGUGUCAAGAAGGAGUGUGUCAUGUGGACACGGCACCACAAUCAGUCGAAGCAACAUUCACUGGUAGGCAUGAAAGCUUCCAAUACACCAAGGUUUGUCCCCUCAUGAAGCGCCUCCCCUGCGUAAUCCCCAUCGCUGCAGGUGAGGUCAAGCAUGGAGGCAAGCAUAGGCACGACAUGGGUCCCAAUCCCUUCCACUACUGUCAGGAGCAGUGUCCAGACUGUGGCUACUUUUGCACUCUGCCUCUGGGCCACCCACAACAAGAACAUGAGACUAGCCAUGGCUCCAUGUCGAGAACCAAAUGGGCCGUCGACGGCGUGGAUGGCACUGUGCUUGAAGUGAAUGGCCGCAAAUUCGGUUCCAACGAUGAUGGCGCACCAAUGCUCUGCUCAAUGUACUGUCGGUCCAUGGGUCGUCAUGUUCACGUAGAUUGGUGUCGUGCUGAUGAUCCUUCGAAAUGCGAUGGACCUGAGCAUGAACACAUCAAGGCGCUUAUGCUGCCGAAGAGGAACAAGGCCAAGGAUUGGAUCACUCACAGCUUGUAUUGGAAACGUACGGAUCCAUAUUCGCAGGAAGAUCAAGCCGAGUUCGCCAGAUGCGAUAGAAUGUGCGGUGGCCCCGAACAUGAUUCCAUGACUCACGCCGGGGCCAAAGUCUCCUACUGCACUUUGCCCAUCCUCCAUCGUCGCCAGCCACUUGACCAGGUGCCCGCCAAUGGCUUGGGGUAUGUAUCCAAUGACGGCCACGCUUUCUCAUGUCGGAAUCCAGCCGUACUCCGUCAAGCAUUCCAUGUCAUCUUCGCCAUUGACAGAUCGGGUUCUAUGAGCGCCGGGGAUCGUCGACCACUUGACAACACUCCGACAACGCAGCUCAUCCGCAGAAGUCAUAACAACCGACUUGGAGCUGCCUAUUCUUCCCUUCAUGGUUUUUGGGAGGCGCGACACCGUGCGGUCGCCGUCAACGGGGGCAACGCCCGGAGAGACGCAUACUCGGUGAUCCUGUUUGAUCACAGCGUCACUACCGUAGUCACACACGACUUCAACAGUUCGCCAACUGAACUCCUGAACGCUGUGUUGCGCUACAGGACAGAUGGAGGGACAAAUUUCACAUUGGCUAUAGAGACAGCUCGAGCGUGCAUGGAGAGGCACUGGAGUACUGAGCGCGUGCCUGUGGUCAUCUUCCUCUCGGAUGGAGAAUGUGGGAUUGCAGACGAGACUAUGCAGGAUCUCUGCAGGCGGUCGAUCGCUCUUGGAAAACCACUGUCCUUCCACGCCGUCUCGUUUGGUCCUAAUUCUGGUAUCAUGCAACGUAUGGCUCAGAUUGCUCGAGACGUCGAGAGUGGGGCUCCGCAAGACCCGUUGAAUCCGCAUGCUGGUGUACCUUCGUCAUACAAUCAGGCCUUAGACACGGUCCGGCUCGCAGAAACGUUCCUUGGUAUCGCGGAGUCCCUGACUAAACCUAGGGGUGCUCUGUUCCGUGGAUGA